AUGUCCGCGAGGAAGCGCCGUAUGCAGGCCAGACGCAAGCGAGAUUUGCAGGACCAGACCGCCGAUGCUAAUGUCUUCCGUGUGGGUCUAGAAAGCAAAGGCAAGGGGGACGUUAGUGAGAAGGAGUCGUCGAGCGACUUUCUUGCGACGUUUCUUACCGAGAUUGGGAAGGCCAAGCUGCUGACCAGGGAAGAAGAGAUUGAGCUGUCCAGGAGAGUCAAGAAGUCUGUUGAGCUCCAAAAUCUACGAGCCAGGGUGUCUGAGGAGCUUGGUCGGGAGGCCACCCACUCCGAGUGGGCGAAGGCACAAGGCUGCUCGGUAUACUCACUGAGGAGGAAGCUGAGAGAGGGGGAGCUGGCUAGGCAUAAGCUGCUUGCGACAAACUUGCGACUCGUAGUCUCUGUGGCGAAGAAGUACCUAAGAUGUGGGGUUGAGCUCUCCGAUCUGGUUGCGGCGGGCACAAUGGGUCUGUCCAAAGGUGUGGAGAAGUUCGACCCGAACAGAGGCUACAAGCUCUCGACUUACGUUCACUGGUGGAUCCGACAGGCGGUAACACGGGCUGUUGCGGACCACUCCCGCACGAUCAGACUGCCUGUCCAUGUGCACGAGACCCUCGGAAGAUUGCGGAGGGCGAAAGCACAGCUCGCGAGCGAAGGGGAACUAGCCAACGUCAAGAAUCUCGCCAACACCUUGGGAUUGUCAGAGCGGAAAAUCGACAACGUCCUCAAGCUCAAGUACAAGACUAGGUCCAUGAAUGAGGAAGUGUCGCCAAACAACCGCAUGGAAGAGGGCUCGACAAUGGACAACUUUAUUGCAGAUCCAGAUGCGGAAACUCGCCCCUGGAAAGAGCUUGAAGCGGAUUUCCUCCAGGCCAAUGUGAAGAAUGUGCUGCUUGAUCAGCUUGAUCCUCGAGAACGGGACAUCAUCCGCCUAAGAUUUGGAUUUGGGAGGACGGAUGGAAGGACAAUGACUCUUGAUGUGAUCAGCCAGCGAUAUGGAGUCUCUAGGGAAAGGAUCAGACAGCUUGAAACUGUGGCUGUGCGCAAGCUGAAGCUUCUCAGCCAGGGCAAAGAGUUGCACAGCUGUGCCCUGUCAGAGAGCUUGUGGAGAUUGCUGGCGGGGGGAGGAGCGGAGGGCGGCAGACGGCUAUCGCCAUCGGUGGCGAAGACUACGGAAGCCGGGGCGAUCGGCAAUGAAACGACAAACUCUGCGGACGCGGUCGAAGAGGCGAGAGCGAUGACGGCGUUGCUGGUCAAGGCGCCGCGGACAGCCAUGGCCAACGCGCCGUUCCUCCAAGCGCUCUUGGACGCGCGGAGAGGAGGCUCCACGACGCUCUUCCUUCCGCUGAGCGGCUUCCGCGUGCUGGCGGACGCCGUGGGGUACGAUUACCCGCACUUCAACCGCAUCCUUAAGUACCACCUUAUACCCGACGCGCGCUACACUUUAGCGGAUCUCAAGGCGCUGCGGGAAGACAGCCUACUGCCGACCGCCGAGGGCAGCAAGUUGAAGGUGUUUUCGAGCCGCGGAUCGAAGAUCGUGUGGCUACAGGGGCGCUCCAUCAUCCCCGCGGCUGUGGCUAUACCGAACCUGUUUGUGGGGGAGCGCAUUGUUGUGCACGGGCUGAGUCAAAGGCUCAUUCCCCCCUCGUUUUAG